AUUCUUUCUUAGAAGUCUGGUAUCUUCAGUUUCAGAAUUUUGAAAUUUCAACCUAAGAACCUAAGAAUUUUGAAAAUUUAACAGCAAUCCGCUUUGUUCCUAUCACUGUCAGUCUGUCACUGCCAUUUUCUUCUGCCCAAAGUGCAGCGUAGGUAUCCCAAUCCAUCUUCAGAUCUGAUAUAUUCGCGAUUCAUUCUCCUUUCGUUCAUCAAAAACCGCAACCGCGCGAGACGAUCAAUGGCCGAUCAAGAGCCAUCAGUGUCCACGGAAGCAUCCGGCAUCACCGAAGUCAAAGAAUGGCUAGCCAAAACCUUCGAAGUCGCCGGCAAACCCGUUCCGGAAUUCCAAUACACUACACGCAGUGUCUCUCACUUGCACCAUCUCUCCACACUAUCCAAAGCCAAAGACGAAGCCGCUCGUCUCGUUGCGCGCGAUUAUCGCCUCAAAGCCGCCGAGUAUAGAUCCCAAGCUGCAAGGAUUAGAGAAAUUCUGGAGAAUGUAGGUUUGGCUCAGGAGAGUUUACCGUCCAGUGUGGUCGCGUCUGCGCAGGUUCUCGCAAAUGUCUCUAACUUGUUGAAUAUCAGAGAUACUGAACUUAGUAGUUUUCUUGUGGCAAUGGGUGAUAUUUCCCUGAGGAAGACUGGUGUGGAGGAAAAAAGGGCUAAAGUGCAGAAAGAGUCGAAGUUUCUUCUCGAUUAUACUAGAAAGGCUUUAUCCAGGCUAACUUAUUUGAAAAGAACACAAUCCCAAUUGGCUGCUGAACAACCUCUGUGUCAGGCUCAGAUGGAAAAUUGGAGCACAAACUUGCAAGUUAUGGCUGCAAAAGAAAGGCAGUACAUGCAACAAUCAGCCAACUAUAAGACGGUGCUCAACCAUACAGGCUAUACCCCAGAGGUUAGCCACAGUGUUUUGGUUGAAAUGGCUGAGCAUAGGAAGGAGCUGGAAAGGAAAACUAAGCCCAUCCUUGACACUCUUAGGAGUUAUCAAGAUUUGCCUCCGGAUAAAGCUCUGGCUGCAUUAGCAAUUGAAGAUAAAAAAAGGCAGUUUGAUGCUGCUGAGAAACAUCUGGAUGAUGUAUUGCAAACAGCUCUUUUAAAUUCAGAGUGAUUAGUGAUUACACUAAAACAAGUUCAUAGCAUGUUUUCUGAGUUUGGUUUUAAGUUAAUGUUUUUAUACCAGGCUAAAAAUGCAGUAUAUGUACAACAAUGAUGUUUUGGUGCUUUCGGUUGAUGAAUGGAUUCAAAGACAAUUGAUAGCUA